AUGGGGGGGAAUGCCGCAGAUGCUCUGGUGGGAACGACUCUUUGUGUGGGAGUAAUUGGGAUGCAGCAUAGUGGCAUUGGCGGAGGCGGGUUUAUGCUCGUGCGAGGUUCAGACGGAACAUAUGAAUCAAUAGACUUUCGGGAAACUGCCCCUGCUGCUGCCCAUGAAAAUAUGUAUAGGGACAAUGUCAAUGGCAGCAUCCGCACUGGGCUUGCAAGUGGAGUGCCUGGAGAUGUCCAUGGGUUGGAGUACCUGCACAAGAAAUACGGGGUAAAUGAUUUGCUUCUUGUUUUGAAUAAUUCUAACAAUCGUCUCGAAGGCACUUCCUUGGAGAGCUUGACCGAGGAUCUGGUUCGUUACAUGAAAGCUGCCACUUCCGACGACAAUAACUUUCUGGUUGAAGAUCCCAAUUGGGCUAUGGACUUUGCACCAAAUGGGACACUGCUUGGUGUCGGCGACAUCCUAACACGAAAGCGAUAUGCCGACACUUUGGAGGUUAUCGCUAAGCAUGGCUCAAAAGGCUUUUAUGAGGGAGAUGUUGCAAAAUAUACUAUUGCUGCCCUCCAAGCCGCUAAUGGAACCAUGACACUAGAUGAUUUGAAGAGCUAUCAAGUCUCUAUCCGAAAACCAAUCAAUAUUUCCUACCGUGGUUACAACCUCUACUCAUGCGGUGCCCCAAGCGGUGGGUCCGUAGCACUCAGCAUCAUCAAGAUUGUUGAAGGAUACAACAUGAGCGAUCCUGAGCUCUUGACCCUUAACACGCACCGCCUUGAUGAAGCCAUGCGCUUCUCAUACGCCGCUCGAGCUGAAUUAGGUGACCCUGAUUUCUUCUCCUACAUGGAUAGCUUCGAAGAGCAAAUGCUGAAGCCCAAAACCGCUUCAUCGAUCCGGAAACGCAUCUCGGACUCACGAACCCACAACGUCUCUUACUACUCGCCCACAGGUUAUACUGUCCCGGAAAACCACGGGACCUCUCAUAUCGUCGCGUCUGAUGAAUCGGGCCUCUCCAUAACCCUCACAUCAACCAUAAACCUUCUCUUUGGUUCUCAACUCAUUGUUCCUGAGACAGGUGUGAUCAUGAACAACGAAAUGAACGACUUCUCCAUCCCAGGUGUACCAAAUGCAUUCGGUUUUGUUCCUUCACCCAUAAACUAUAUACGACCCUUCAAACGCCCCCUCUCGUCUGUAUCCCCUGUCAUUGUCGAGCACCCCAACGGUACCUUGUACAUUUCCAUCGGUGGUGCAGGGGGAAGCCGAAUCAUCACCGCUACUGCACAAUCUAUUCUCCACAUUCUAGAUCAUGGUUUGACGCUGCCAGAAGCGUUGGAGCAUCCAAGGUUGCAUGAUCAGCUAGUACCGGCAACAACGACAUUUGAGUACGGUUUUGAUAAUAAUACCGUUGAGAGUAUGAGAGAGAAGGGUCAUAAUAUUACAUGGGUAGGGCCAAUAAGCGCUGUUCAGGGUGUGAGGAGGUUGAGUAAUGGGACGUUUGAAGCCGGGAGUGAGCCGAGACAGAAGAACAGUGGUGGUUUGGCAUGUUGUUGA